AUGGUUCAAGCUGCAGCUGCAUGUAUAAAUAACGAAGAAUCCCGGAGGCCCAACAUUGAUGAAAUUAUUUCAAUAUUGAGAGGAGCAGAAUCUAAUUCCCCCAACAGGAAGAAGUCUGGCUUCCCUGGUAAUAAUUGUAUUGUCGAUUGCUACUCUCAGUUGCAGCAGACAAAAAACAAAAUGAAGACUCAUUUAGCAUUGGCCAUGCUAGGAGUUUCAGAGCUUAAGGACAACGAUCACCUAUACUGUCGAUGUAAUGGAAACAAUUCGAACAAUCUAAUUUUCUCCCCCUAUUUUAAUUGUGUGUCUGUCUUACUUGAAGGGAAGCCCUUGUAG